GGACCGCGCUCCGAGCCGCCUCUGCUCACAGGGAGCGCGCCCGAGGCCGAGCGGGGCUCAGGUCCCUGGCCAUCUGCCGGGUCCUUCCCGCGGAACCGCCGCGGACGCAGCCCCACUGAGGGUUCAAAUUCUGGCGCUGUGGCCUCUUUAUUUCACCCAGCCUGUUUACUUUUCUAUAAAACGGAGAAUACUCCUCGUUGCGGGAGUCAGAGUAAACGGAGGGCGUGAACCUGGCGGUACGACGCCGCACCUCAGGCCCGAAGUCGCCCUCCCGCCUUCCGUAGGGGGGGCGGGGCCGCCGCAUCCAUCGCUCGGCGCUCUCCUAGGCAGUCGGUCGUGAUCAGAGGAGCAGUGAGCGAUCGAUAGUCCGUGUGCCGGCCUGACCACCGGGAGAGGGCCGCAGUGUCCGGACCAAGGAGGACAAGACAUCGUUCACAUGCGAGAGAGGCGCUGAUCUGACCCCGCUGGAUGGCCCAGAUGACAGAAGGCACCCAGAGUCACGGAGGCCCCGGGGCGCCAGCUGGCGCUCUCUGGGAAGCCCUCAGGGCUCUGCUGCCGGGCACCCGGGAGGAGCUGAGGCUGGAGCUCGGGGACGCGGUGGACAGGAGCGUGGUGCUGCUGCUGCGGCAGGCCACCGAGCACUUCUACGGGGACCGGCUGGCCGAGUGCCUGCAGGACAGCGAGGCGCUCCUGGACGUCGCCUGGGAGAGGCUCAACACGGGGCCCUGGCGGGACGUGCACAAGGACUGGCGGCGGGUCUACGCCUUCGGCUGCCUCCUGAAGGCCCUGUGCCUGUGCCGGGCGCCCCGCGAGGCCACCGCGGUCACUGAGGCCCUGCGGGUGUGCGACAUGGGCCUGCUGAUGGGGGCGGCCAUCCUGGGGGACGUCCUCCUUAGGGCUGCCACGGUCCUCCAGGCGCACCUCGGCUCUGGAAAGCGGCCCACCCGCCCCGGCCCGGAGCCGCCCGGAGCCAAGAGAGCCAGGCGCCACCGCGUCCCCACUCCAGAGCUGGAGCCCGAGACCGCAGUGCCCCGGCUGCGCCGCCCGUCCCUGCAGCACUUCCGGGAGCAGUUCUUGGUUCCCGAGAGGCCCGUGGUCCUGGAAGACGUGGCUGACCACUGGCCCUGCAUGAAGAAGUGGAGUUUGGAGUACAUCCAGGAGGUGGCUGGCUGCCGGACGGUGCCCGUGGAGGUCGGCUCCCGGUACACAGAUGAGGAAUGGUCCCAGAGGCUCAUGACUGUGGGGGACUUCAUCAGCAAGCACGUCGCGAGCGAGGCGAGUGACAUCGGGUACCUCGCGCAGCACCAGCUCUUUGACCAGAUCCCAGAGCUGAAACAGGACAUCGGCAUCCCUGAUUACUGCUGCCUGGGCGACGGGGAGGAGGACGAGAUCACCAUCAAUGCCUGGUUCGGUCCCCAAGGAACCGUGUCCCCACUGCACCAAGACCCGCAGCAGAACUUCCUGGUGCAGGUGAUGGGGAGGAAGUACAUCCGGCUCUACUCCCCACAGGACUCGGCGGCUUUGUACCCACACGAAACGCACCUUCUUCACAACACCAGCCAGGUGGACGUGGAGGAUCCCGACCUGGAGAGGUUCCCCCGGUUUGCCGAGGCGCCCUUCCUGGCCUGCACCCUGUCCCCUGGAGAGAUGCUCUUCAUCCCCGCCAAACACUGGCACUACGUGCGGGCCCUGGACCUGAGCUUCUCCGUCAGCUUCUGGUGGUCGUAGCCAGGAGCCACUCGGCGUCCGCUGACCGCUCGCUCGCUCCUGGGCCUGGGCCUGGUGUGGUUCCAGCCCCGGGCUCUGGACGAGCAGAGGGCGCCCAGCUGCGGGAACCUGGGAUGAGCGGCUGUGUCCCGGGCCCAUUGUGGCAGCGGGAGGCGGGAGGAGCCCAGGAGGACAUUCUGGGCUGUCCACCCACACGGAGCUGCCCAUGUUGGAAAGCUGGACACGUCUGGGAAAGGGCAGGCUGUGUAUCUGGUGGAAAGCGUGGGAGUGAGCGUGGCUGUAGGGUCCCAGCUGGUCCCACUGCUGCACCUGCGUGGUGGCCAAGACGCCUGGCCCCGGUGCCCGCCCCUCUAGAACACAGAGUGGCACUGGCCUCCUCCAGAGGCCGCAGAGGCUCACGCCGUGGCCAGAGCUUCUGGCACUCAGCUGUGAUGUGGACUUCAUCAUGGCCAGGCCCGGGGACCACCACAGCCUGCAGGCUCUGGAGAGGUGGGCGAGGCCCUGGGUACAUAGCAGCCUAAACCCAGUGGGAGACUUGUGUCCUUACUGAAGCAGACUGCUGCCAGUUCAGUGCUAGUGGAGGGUUUUCCUGAGCACACACCCAGGACAGGUGCCCAGGGAAGGACCAGGGCCACACCCCUAGGAGAACCUGCUCUCCCUCAGGCCAGCAGGUCAGCAGAGCCGGGCCUCCCGCCUGUGUGUGCCGAUGGCCGACUCCUUUCACCACCAACUUCCUGUCUCUGACUUCAGACAGGAGAAGGGCAGAGGGUGGGCGUCUCGCAGCAUCCGUCCACCAGGUGACCAUGAAGUGGAGGAUCCCCUCCAAACCAAUCAUAAGAGGAAACUUAAAAGCCAACGAACCUUUAUGUAAAACAUCUCAUUCCUUCAACUAAAAACCUCCAGGUGUUAUGCCAACAUGUUAAUCAUAUUAAGUUUUUGGUGGCAAUAUGUGGGGGGAGUUAAAAAAAUACAGGGCUGGUUGUGACUGAGUGGUGGAGCACGUGGCUAGCUCCUGUGAGGCACUGGGUUCGAUUCUCGGCACCACAUACAAAUAAAUAAAGGUCCAUACAUCUAAAAAUGUAUUUUACAGAAAUACAACUAAUACUCAGACGGGCAAAUUAAAACAGACUAAAUCUGCACCUCGAGCUCAGUGCUGGGAGGGAACAGCGCCCGUGGUGGGCCUUAGCAGGUCAGCAAAAGCGAGCGCCUCCAACACUCAGGCCCACUGUGGGCGGCCCGCCCAGCGCUGGGAACCCGACCUGAGGAAGCAGCAGGAGGAUGGAGGUGUCCAUCCUGCGGUGACGUGAGACGCCUGACAUCAUGGGGUAGAGAGUGGCCUUCAGGGAAGGAGUGUUGUUCACCCCUGGAACCUAGGACAGUUUUUCUUUUCUUUGUAAUUUUGUUGAUCUUUCUUUUUUUCCCCCCCAUUUUUGUUUUUUUUUUUUUGGUUUUGAUUUUUGCUUUUUGUUCUGAACAGUUAGAAUUUUUAAGGCCAUGGAGAGAGGCGUCAUGUUAAGUGAGAUGCAGUGUUCUUCACUUUUAGCUAGCGACCUCACGUGCAUACCUGUCUAGGCGUGUGUCUGCGGGCAUGACAGUGUGCGUGUGCGCGUGUCCCAAGGGAAAGGCUCCAGGUGAACUGUGGGCAUGUCGGGGCCGGCAGGAAGGCUGUGGGUGUUUACUUUUUAUAACAUUUCUCGGUGAUUUCAGUUUUUUUCAGUAAUAUAAAUAAACAAGAAAAAUAUA